ACACAAGGAGAUUUUAUUUUUCUAACCUCCUUGAGUGAAGAAAUCUCUUUCCUGAUAUUUGUGUAUCUUCUUUGGACAAACAACAUUAAUGGCGGCGAGAGAGUGUUUAUGGUUAAUCCCGGAGCCAGCUGAGUCCUGUAGAAUCAGUAUUAAUAUAUACCCCUAAAGAACUGCUGUGACAUUAUGACGUGAAGACAUUUGAUGCAAACAUGCGAAAAACUUCUUUGUCAUGGACUGGGUUAAUAAUGACGGCGUACACGAGACCAAAGAUGGACUACAUCUGUCAUCAGAUGAUGGUGUCUCUGUGUACUGUGAUGCUGUUUUGUUACAAAACACAACAGAUGGGAAGAUUCAAGCAUCAAGAAGUCAGGCAGAUAAAGAAAGAAAUCCAGAUAGAAUUAGUCUUGACAGGAGAGGUUUGACAAAAUUUCCCCAACUUUCUGAGGAGCCAAAACUUCGUUUACUUUCUCUACAGCAUAAUCUUAUUUCAAGGGUAGACAGUUUAACAGACUCUGGUCUCUCUAAGCUUGUUUUUCUUGAUAUGUAUGACAAUCAACUAGAAAAGAUUUCAGGACUCGAGAGCCUUGAGAAUUUAAGAGUGCUCUUGAUGGGAAAAAAUAGGAUACGAAGGAUAGAAGGUUUAAAUAACCUUGUUAAACUGGAAGUGUUGGAUCUACAUGGAAAUCAGAUAUACCAAGUUGGAGGACUGUCAUCACUGAAUGAGUUAAAAGUGUUAAAUCUCGCUGGAAAUCAGAUUAGAGUGAUAGGUGCAACAGAUUUAAAUGGACUGAGUUCUCUGCAAGAACUAAAUCUUCGGAGAAAUAGAUUGAAGCGCCUCUUAGGAUUUGGUGAAACAAUACACUUGAGAAAACUUUUCCUCAGUAAUAAUGAUCUUCAGCAGGUUGAAGAUAUGAAUAGCGUUGUCAGAGCUGCAGAGCUUGAGGAAGUGACAAUUGAUGGAAACCCUGUUGCUCUCGGAGGUGAUUGUGUCUCAUUUUUAGUGUCCUACCUGCCAACUUUAAAAUUUCUUAGUCAUAUGGAAGUAACUGAAUCUGUUAGGAAAGCUGCAAUGUCCUGGAGAAAGAAUAAAGAAGCUUCAGAUAUGUUGGAAACAGCUAAAACCACUGAAAUAGAUGCAGAAAUUAAGCGGGAACAGGUGAUAUCAAAUGCCAGAACAAACUGGGAGUUAUUGCGCUCACAGACUAGAAUUGUGCCUGGGACCAACAGUUUGUGUGGUUCUGUAAGAGACUUAAGGUUUGAAACAGAAAAUGAUGUAACACAUGAACGCUGUGUCCAGAGUGAUUCAGGCAUCAGUGUGGGAUCAUCCUCCAACAGCUCUUACUUCCAGAGUGUCAGCCACAAUGUUCAUGCUCAUCCACUUUCUGCAGCCGAAAUAAGGAGACAAAGAUUUUCACGUAAAACCUGUUCACAGGAUUCAGAGUUUUCUCAGACAACAAAUUCGUCAUCUGGAGCUGCCAGUAUAGAAUUUUUUAAGCUCCCUCCAAUAUUUUCUCCAUUACUGUCAGGCACAGAUAAUCAGCAAGAAAAUUUAGCUUCCCAGAGGGGAAAAGAAAGUGAUGAAUUGCUCACCAGAAAUGACAGUUUGAAGCGUUAUGAUAGUCUGUCAAGUGUAGAGCCAAAUGUGGACAGUUCAGUGAGCUCAUUUCCCAGUGAUACCAGCAGCAGCAGUGAGGAACAAGAGUCAAGUGAAGAAGCUGUCUCAGCAUCUGAAGUGCAAUGUAGACCAGGUGAGGUGACAAGCACCACCAGGAGUUCCACCCACUGCCAGAAACAUACAGGUCACAGAGCACAUACCAGAGUUAGCACAGCAAGAAAUAGGCUAAAAUUUUCAGCCUUACCUGGAAAGAUACGUGAACAAGGUGGAGAUUAUCUUAUAGAAAUCAGUGGUCAGUGCCUCAAUGUGUAUGGACAAGGAGCUCUGCGCUUCAUUGAUCGGCCGUGGAAUUCAGGAAAAGCAGCAGAAGUGUUUACUGUAAAAUUCAAUUAUAUAAAUUUUAAUCACAUCAUUUCAGUAUUUGGAAGACUGAAGCAGCGCUUUCAAAAUGUUGAAAACUUUGUCUUUCAAGAGACAAAUAUUCAUUGUUUGGGUCAGCUUAAUGCUCUAGCUGAUGUGCAAGGUCUGACCUCUCUGCAUAUUGAGAGCGAAGGAAACCCCAUAACACAAAAGGACUGGAUUAAAUAUGCUAUAUACCGACUAUCACACUGGGGACUUAAAGUUAUAAAUGGAAAAGAGGUAAAGGAUGAAGACAUAGCCGAAGCAUCAGAAGAGUUCCAAGGUUUAAGUGACAUAAUUCUGUGGUCCCUGCCUGAGAGCCUUUUGCAGCCACUUCUUGGUCGCUUGCAGAUUACUGGUACACAGCAACAGCAUCAACAGAUGUCAGCUAAGCAGUGGCUGUGGACUGCUGAUCCUGCUUUGCGGAGUGUUGUGGGGAAAGAAGCAUUGCAGUGGCGGAGAUCUUCUCUGACACAGGAGGAUGUGCUAUGGAGGCACAGAGGACGAGUGCAUUUGGCAUAUCUUUUGGAGGUGGCUUGUGCUGCUGUAGAGAAACUGCAUAUGUUGGAGGCACAGUGGCCCAGUAUAUUGGCUGAGCUUGUCAGAGAUACACUUGUUGAUUACUCUCAUCUUGAUUCCUACAUGAAACAGUGUAUGCAGAAACUUAAAGUGUAGACUGAAGGA